GCCCCGCCCCCUGCGCGCCGUAGGCUGCCGGUCAGGGCGAGCGAGCGGGUUGCCAUUUACCAUGGAAGACGAGUUCUUUGGAGAAAAGAGCUUCCAGCAUUAUUGUGCAGAGUUCAUCAAACAUUCACAGCAGAUAGGCGACGGAUGGGAGUGGAGAACAGCCAAGGAAUGUUCUGAUGGCUACAUGUGCAAAACACAGUUUCAAAUAAAAAAUGGGACGACGGCAUCACAUCUGGGAACACCUGCCAGUGUACACGCGUGUCUUCCAACAGAGGAGGAUUUAGAGCUGCCCGUGGAUGGUUCCGAAGUGAUGGAGUCCACCACAGCGUCGGAAGUGAUCAAAUACGAGUAUCACGUCUUAUACUCCUGCAGCUACCAAGUGCCCGUUCUUUACUUUAGGGCAAGCUUUUUAGAUGGGAGACCUUUAUCUCUGAAGGAUAUAUGGGAAGGAGUCCACGAAUGCUUCAAGACACGACUGCUGCAGGGACCGUGGGACACCAUUACCCAGCAGGAGCAUCCAAUACUUGGGCAACCAUUUUUUGUUCUACAUCCCUGCAAGACAAAUGAAUUCAUGACUGCUGUGCUGAAAAAUUCGCAGAAAAUCAAUCGAAAUGUCAACUACAUCACAUCAUGGCUGAGCAUUGUGGGGCCGGUUGUUGGUCUGAAUCUACCUCUGAGCUAUGCUAAAGUAACAUCGCAGGACGAGUGAUCUGUUGACGAGCAAGGCUUCUGCUGAUCCUAGAAACUACAGCAUGGAGAACACCAAGGGUGCACCCGAGAAGCCUCGUUAUCUAUGGAACUGGGACUGCAGAAUCGCAUGUCGCCAAGAUUUGAUGCAGAUUUCUUUCCUUGGGAAGAAAGCAUCUGUAAACCUGUUUGGAAGAGUGGUUGUGUGAAGGAACACAGCGCAGAUUCAGAUCACUAUAACUAUGAAGAAUGAAUCUAAUCCAGUGACGUAAUGCUGACCUCACCAGGGCUCGCAUAGGCCCUUUUCCUGCAGGCACAGUUCUUUUUCUGUUGUGGAGAUUGGUGGAGUAAUGUAUUUGUGUGUUUGGUUUUGCAUAAGAUGAAUGGAAGUUGCCAGGCGGUGGUGAUGCACGCCUUUAAUCCCAGCACUGGGGUGGGGGGGGAGCAGCAGCAAGUGGAUCUCUAUGAGUUCAAGGCCAGCCUGGUCUACAGAGUGAGUUCCAGGACAGGCUCCAAAGCUACACAGAGUAACUCUGUCUCAAAAAACCAAGAGAGAGAGAGAGAAAAAAAAAAGAUGUCUGGAAAUUAAAAUGUAGAACUUACUUGUCUCUGGAAAUUAAUUUUGUAAAAAUAACCCAUCUUAAAUUAUUCUCCCACAAUCAAACUUAGUAGCAAUGAAUUAUUUUUCUAUAACUCCCUCAAAAUGCAUGUGUGUGUAUGUGUGUGUGCGUAAAAAAAUAGAUACAACAUAAAGAAUAAAUUAUCAUUUUAUUAUAAUAAUAUGUUUUACAAGCAAAGUUUGACAAGAUAACUAGAGGUUUUUUACAUAGUUACAGGAAGCAUUUAAGCAUUGCAAUCUUCUGAUAAAAAUAGCACGAUCAUUUUCCGUCUACCUGCGAGCCCCACAGCGCUCUGCUGCAUUCCAGGAGGCUUUUGUGCAGGCUUCGUAACCUACAACUCCCUUCUUUUCAGUGUGAGAAUAGCAAGCUGCUUCACAACGUUGCUGUGAGAGCCACAUGAAAUCAUUAGUGCAAAAGUUUGGAAGAGUGUAUACAAAUGCUAAUUAAAUGUUCAACUGCCACAGAAUUGGCUGCUAUUAACUCAGUCCAUAAUAUGGUCUGUAGCCGGCAAGACAUUAGGACAAACCUUGUCUGGAGGAAUCACAGGUUGCUUUAUUUUCAUUUUUGUUUUCUAGAAGAUGAAAUCAAGUGAAAAAUACAAGUGGUGUAGUAUAAUACAAACACCAGUGAUAGUGUUUCUUCCAUGAAGUGUGCUCUGCAGACACCCAAGCCACCUUCUGGAAUAGUCUGUCUGGGGUUACUUUGUCAGCCACAUUCCCUGGAAAACCUCUACUUUUGAUUGACUUUUACCGUAGCAUUGAUUUGUAUCCUAUUAGUGCCAGCAAGCCCUUGUCAUUUCUCUGCAAAGUAGAUUUGCUUCCUGAUGUUUAUCAACUCAAGGUUCCAUCAUAACCCAUUAUGAGUUGAAAAUACUGUAAACUGAAGGUGUGUUUAAUAUCUGUAACAUAUUGAACUCACAAUUUAGCAUAACCACUUUUUCGUUUUGACUUUUGUCUACAUAUAAGCAUGGGCCAAAGCACUUGCCGCAGAGUAAAUGAGGGGAUGAAAGGACAGGGCUCUCCUUGCGCUGUGUGAGCGCUGGAGAUCAAGCUCAGGUCUUCGGGCCUGGCCGCCGUGCCUUUGCCCACUGACCUACGCACUGGCAUUAGCUGCCUUUGAAUGUGCUCAGAACACUUAGCCUGAAGUUAGGCAAAAUUGCCUUUAAAAAGACUAUUGUAUAAAAGUGCUGAAUAUCUAGCAUUUUGUACAUAUUAUGGGAUAUGAAAGCACAAAACACAAUACACAAAAGAAGCCCGAUAAUACAAUACUGUAGAGUACUGUUUUGUUAUUAUUAUUAUUAUUAUUAUUGUUAUUACUAUUAUUAAAUUUCUUUCAGACAGACAGUGGUGGCAUAUGCCUUUAAUCCUAGCACUCAGGAGGCAGAGGCAGGCAGAUCUCUGAAUUUAAGACCAGCCUGGUCUACAGGGAGUUCCAAUACAGUCAAGGUUACAAAGAGAAAC